AUGAAUUCGCACCACAGUAAAGGCGCCUCGGCGGUUUUAGUCAGACGCAUAUCAGUGAUGCAGACAGGGCUCGCCCUAAUCCAAGAACCCUGGUUAUACUGGGAAAGGAUUAGCGGCCUGUCAGGGUGUGGCUCCAUUUAUAAGGGGCCACUCGUGAAAGCGCCAAGGGCAUGCAUAGCUGUCAAGGGUAUGGAUGUGAUAUUGGUGCUUAAGUUUUGUUCCAGGGAUCUUACUGUUAUCAAGGUGAGGCUCAGGGUUGAAAGUGGGGAAAGACUGGGGGUUGCAUUUGCCUCAGCGUAUUUCCCUGACGAUGCGGAUGGAUCCCCGCCUGCCAGAGAGGUGGAGAUUCUAAUUCAGUACUGCCAGAAGUCCAAAAUUCUUCUGCUGUUAGGAUGUGAUGCGAGCUCUCACCAUUCGGUGUGGGGGAUCACGAAUAUCAAUGACAGAGGAAGAGAUUUAAUUGAGUACCUAGCGGUCACUGAUAUGGAAAUUCUGAAUCGAGGCGAUACUCCCAUAUGCCAGGUCAAAAACAGGAGUGAGGUUUUCGAUUUGACUUUAUGCUCGGAGCGGCUGAGAAGUAGGGUAGUGGACUGGAGAGUAUCUAAUGAGGAGUCUCUCUCGGACCACAAAUAUAUCCCGUUUCAGCUAAACCUAGGUAAACCAGUGGUUUCAAAAGUCAAAAACCCUAGAAAUACGCUCUGGGACUCAUAUAAAGAGGAACUCAGAGGCAGACUAGUGGAAUUUCUCAAAAACUAUGACAGUAUCGAUGAGUAA